UAGUGUUGGUGAAAUAAUGUGCGCCACUCUAAGAUGACCUUUGGUUGAGUUGAACUCGUAUAUAAGAUUAACGUAAACAGAUUACUCAGUCAGUCGCUGGACGGGAAAGAGAAUGUUGAAAGAAGCGUUGAUAGUGCUUUUCUGCGUUGCGGUGCGAGUGAAUGGGCACUCGUACGGAUUGGGCUCGUGCCCGGUCAUGUCUCCAAUGUCCGAUUUUAACAUGAACGGGAUGCUUGGCGUUUGGUACGUAAUCCAAAAGACGUCGACGGCAAGCACGUGCAUCACCUACAACUUCACCAAGCUACCCGAACCGUACGAGUACAACCUGGAGCAAGUGAGCCAACACUUCAUCUUGGGGUUAACGCCCCUAAAGCACGAAUACAAAUAUCAGGGGCACCUAACAGUACCCGACAACGCGAUUCCGUCGAAGAUGAAAGUAAAAUUCACUCUGAAUCCACUCGGAAAGGCAAGUUUCACGAUCUUCAUGACCGAUUACAGUACGUACGCCGCUCUGUAUACGUGUCAAGGUUUGGGCAUAGGUCACCGCGAUUCCGUAACGAUCCUUUCGCGAACUCGCACUCUGGAUCAGAUGUUCAUCGAUAAGAUCAGAUCGAGACUGAUCGCUCACAACAUCAAUCCGUUCGAGAUGUCGAUCAUCUCGCAGCAGAACUGCCCCAAGCAGCCCGGCGGUGUUAACAUCAACAUUAACGACGAGACGAUAUCGACGAAGGCCGUCGCCGAGGUGGUACGCAAGGCCGGCGAGAAGAUCGGCGACGGCAUCGAGUACGCGGUCCAGGGCGCGAAGCGCGUCUACUCGCAUCUGUCGCACGACGAGGAAGGUGUCGGUGGUAAAAUCAAGGAUGGCGCCGAGUACAUUCCUGGAGGUGCUCGAAACGUUUACGGGAAUUUUGAGGAUAAAAGGGAGCGUUUGGAGAAGGAGGAGGAGGGAGUUAGUCAGUGGAUGCCUUAGCUGUGUUUGUUCCUUUUAGUUUAGUGCCAUUACAUUGUGAUUUUGUUUAAUAAAUUAGUGAUCUUCUA